GAUUUCCUCUCUUGCUGUCAAGGCCACAAAGAUGGGUGGCCAUGAAUCACACCACUGCCCUGGGGUUUCGCUUCCCUGGUACUUUCUGUUGGUGGUGAUGGAUACAACUUUGCUCAGAGAAAAGGCGCCAGAUGGAACUGUAAUUCCACCCCACUGCUCUUCUAUGUCAGUCACUGGCUCUGUGUCCCACCAGCUCUGUGACCCAAGCCUCGGUUUUCCCAUCUGUUCAAGGGGCAUGACGGUCCCCAUCAUGCUUAGCUCAUAGAGUAGAAUAAUGAACGUGAAAGGGCUCUGAGAGCUAAUGCCUGAAUGCCAGAGAUCAAUGGGGAUUUGAAGGACAGCCAGACCGCUGCAAGGCUGCAGGGAGAGUGAGGCUGAGUUAGAUCCCACAGGGCUGGCCCUGCACUGCCUUGCCGUUCCCUGCGCUACCCGGAAGAAGAGGUGGCAGGCUGUCAGUUGAGUUCAAUAUACCAUGUUUCACCAGCCAAUGGGCUGGGGCGAUCAGGAGCAGGUCACACAGCCUGUUUCCUGUUUUCAAACGGGGAACUUAGAAAGUGUCAGUCCCUCGGCUGGUCGCCGGAGCUGAGAACCAAGAGCUCGAAGGGGCCAUGUGACACUCCUCUCGGACCCCUGGACACGCACAGCCCCAGAGACUGGAGGAAACAGAAGCACAGAGAAGUUGAGUCACUUGCCAGCUACCAGGUCAUCCCAUCCACUUAUCCAGGUCACAGACGGAGUUAUUAUGUAAACCGGAUCCCAGCUGCCUGUUCUCCCUCCCUGAGUAACGUGGAGAGAAUUCUGAAGUCAGCCCAGCCUGGGCUUGGAGCAUGGCAAGUCCAGAGCACCCUGGGAGCCCUGGCUGGAAGGGACCCAUAACACAGUGCACAGCAAGGACCCAGCAGGAAGCACCAGCCGCUGGCCCUGACCUCCCGCACCCAGGACCUGACAGGCAUUUAGAUAUGCAUAGUGGCCUGAGCUCCAACUCCAGCAUGACCACGCGGGAGCUCCAGCAGUACUGGCAGAACGAGAAAUGCCGCUGGAAGCACGUCAAACUGCUCUUUGAGAUCGCCUCAGCUCGCAUCGAGGAGAGAAAAGUCUCUAAGUUUGUGGUGUACCAAAUCAUCGUCAUCCAGACUGGGAGCUUUGACAACAACAAGGCCGUCCUGGAACGGCGCUAUUCCGACUUCGCAAAGCUCCAGAAAGCGCUGCUGAAGACGUUCAGGGAGGAGAUCGAAGACGUGGAGUUCCCCAGGAAGCACCUGACGGGGAACUUCGCGGAGGAGAUGAUCUGCGAGCGUCGGCGCGCCCUGCAGGAGUACCUGGGCCUGCUCUACGCCAUCCGCUGCGUGCGCCGCUCCCGGGAGUUCCUGGACUUCCUCACGAGGCAGGAGCUGCGCGAGGCGUUCGGCUGCCUGCGGGCCGGCCAGUACCCGCGCGCCCUGGAGCUGCUGCUGCGCGUGCUGCCGCUGCAGGAGAAGCUCACCGCCCACUGCCCCGCGGCCGCCGUCCCGGCCCUGUGCGCCAUGCUGCUGUGCCACCGCGACCUCGACCGCCCGGCCGAGGCCUUCGCGGCAGGAGAGAGGGCCCUGCAGCGCCUGCAGGCCAGGGAGGGCCAUCGCUACUACGCGCCUCUGCUGGACGCCAUGGUCCGCCUGGCCUACACGCUGGGCAAGGACUUCGUGUCUCUGCAGGAGAGGCUGGAGGAGAGCCAGCUCCGGAGGCCCAUGCCUCGCGGCAUCACCCUGAAGGAGCUCACCGUGCGAGAAUACCUGCACUGAGCCGGCCUAAGACCCCACAGGGACGCUGGAGAUUUGGGGUCAUCAUGGCUCAUGGUGGGCUGUUUGGGGUUCUUCUUCUUCUUUUUUCCUUUUUCCUUUUCUUUUUUGUUAUUUGAGACAGUCUUGCUCUGUCACCCAGGCUGAAGUACAGUGGCUCAAUUAUGUCUCACUGCAGCCUCAAACUCCUGGGCACAAGCAAUCCUCC